GGCAUGCUAACAUUUUUAGUCUGCUUCAUAUCUUGAGGGAAAACAGGGAGAUCUCGGGUUGCAGAUAAGUUGAUCUCUGGGAGCAUGUUUUGUUUGAAGUCUAGGAAAGUAUUCUCAUCCAUAAUCUUGGCAUCAUUAUGUAGUAUAUUAAUUUUAGUUGAUUCAUCAGUAUUGCUAGCGAAAUCUCUAUCUAUACUCAAAUUUUAGAGGAGUUCCAAGAGGUUUUGCUUACCAGUUUCUCAAAAGGGGUUUGUACUUAUUGAGUUAUUUGAGUUCUGGAAUAUAUCUCAGAAAUUGCUCUCUUCGAAAAACUUUAAGUCUUCCUCGUAUCUUUCACAGUGUUUGAAGAUGGAUUCCAUCUAUAUUAAAAUUAGGAUAA